UUUGCUACUCUGAUUUAAAUUUGUCUUUCUUUCAUACAACAAUUAUUUAAAUUUAUCUCUCCUUAUUUUCUCUCGUAAAUCCUUCAAAUACCAACACCGUCCUAUGUAUAGGAUUCUUUCGUUCGCACAGAUUUCCACGUCAUCGCCUUAUCGUCGCAAAAAGUUUAACGCUUGAUCGAGAAGAAUCCGCAUUGGAAAAAGGUAGUAGAAUAAAGAAGAAAGAGCUAGAGUGCCAGUGAGACGAUCAGAAAGCGCACGUCACAACGUUACAAACCACGUCGUGACGCCGGAUCAGUGAGCGUCGCGACGCCCGCGGCGCAGGUUGCACCGUCUCCUCUUCUUGCGGCUUACUGAUACGUGUGCUGAGUGGACGAGGCGUCGCGUAACGCCGAUGAUACCGCGUGUUCGAUAUCCUGCGCGACCAUUCGGUCUCUUCUCUCGCUACGAGGUACCAAAGGACCCUGCGUGAAUCUGGACGAUUAUUAUGGGGUUGCGUGGCGGCUAAAUGGGGGCCGAUGGACAUUUUCGCGUGACCUUGUCUCUCAGGAAGGAACCGGGUGCCGGUCCGGUCUACUGCAAGAUGGAGACGUCCGCCAGGUUCCGGCAGCUGAAGACGGUGAAGCUGAGCUGCGACGCGACCUACCGACUCGACAUCAGCUUCAAGCCGCCGCAACUGUUGCAAUCCCUGAGCAUCGGCGGGAAACCGGUGGAGGCGAUCGAACGCGCGAGAGAUGGCACGGCGUGCGCCUACAGCGCUUAUCACAGCACCACGGAUAUCCCGGCGAGCGCGCGCGGUCAUCGGGAGGAUCUGCCGAUUGCCAUGCGAGUGUUCGGCUCAGGAUACCUGACUACGUGCCUACAGAUCAAGUACUAUCGACUGGAUGAUCAGAGUCAUUGCGAGUGGGGCGCCAGGCUACAUUGCAUCGAGCUCGAUUGCUCCAGCGUGGAAGGACGUCUGGUCACGGUCGACCGGGAGACUUACAGAAAACUCGGCAUAGAAUCUUAACUAACCGAUCAGCCUCGCGAUACCGCUCGUCAUCAACGUUAUCCGAUGACGAGAAACCCGACGCCGCGCCGCAAUCGAUGCCUCUCGCACGCGAUCGACCAGAUUAUGUCGGGCUGCUUUAUGCUUUUAAACGAUGAAUGCGGGUUGUAUUCGAGGCCUAUCUUACAUCUGAACGAAUUCAAGUCUGUCUCGUGUUUUCAAAAUCUAGAAGAGCUUCAAAUAAUAACACACAGGCAAAUAAAAUCGUUAAUACUGACAAAGAUAACGAGAUAAAACUAAUAAAUUUUUAUGUAAGCUUUCAAUUGUAGCAUCAACUUACUCAUUGAUAUAGGAGCCUAAAAAUUAUAGCUCAAUAAUAUUUUAAAGAUGGGCCUCAAGUCUAUUAAUGAAGGAAUCAGUUCAUGUCGCGCAAAUAAUGUUUUUCGUUAAACUGUUUUUAAUGCAAUACAAUGAGUAAAUUACGUAAAGAUUUCGCAGAAGCGUUGUCGUGAUGGAUGGAUAAUGAAGAUCGAUCGUCACCAGCUGGCAAACAUUGCGUUCAGUAUGGAUUCAGUCAUUCGAGGAAGCCAGACGCGAACUAAUUCUGAGACUCUCUUGAGAAAAUACCGCUAAAGAUUUUAAAUCAAGAUUCCUUACAGAAAAUCGAGUAGUAAAUUAAGAAUUUGGACUUUAGUUUUAAAUUUCUAGAGUUUGAAAGGCAUCUCGUAUCGAGUGCAUGUAUGUACGUGUAUGUCAUUGAUCACCAAUUAAUAUUUAAUUACUGGGUGAAUCAAUAGCGUAGCAAUACAUCAGUGAAGAAGAAUGUCGAACAUUUUAAUUGAAAUAUCGAAGGAAAAGGAAGUUGCGUGAUGGCGCGGUGUUAACUUCGCGAUCGAAGCGCACGAUACACUCCAGUGCGCAUUAAUUGUUAAUGCCAUGUGCUCGCUUUCAUGUUAUUUUUCUUAUUUAUUAAUGAUACUCCUGCUCUUUUUUUACAUAUUCGCACGUUUUAGAAAAUUUAGAAUUUUAUAAUCGUUCUCUCUCUCCCGUUAGUAUAUAUGACACGACGAAAGUUUGAAAUACGUCACUCGCGUAAAUCAAUAGAAGUAUCCUAAAAUGUAUUGCCAAUAAUAAUUCAAUGCACCUCGGUAUUCGAAAACUUUGGCAAUCGGCGAAGUGACCAAUCGAUGCCUUUAUGAUGCUACGCUUACUGCUAAUCAUGCAGAUUAUUUCUACUCAUUCAUUCACUGAAUUGUAACAAUAUUACAUCAUUGUAUGGAUGUAUUGUAUCUGCAAUACUAUAUACCGAUGAUAAUGCAAUAUCUGUACUUUCUAUAACUUUGGCUAUUUGAAAUACAAAAAUUCCGUAAAAAACA